UAACACCUCGUUUUCCUGAAUUCCAUUCAAUGGUGGCCUCAUUAACACUCGUAGACCCACUGAAAGACAUAGUCUGGACAUAAAUGGAGCCCUUUUUUCUCAGUCUUUAUUCUUAGUUUGGAUCUGGAGCUCAUCAUGACUAACGGAGAGACCGCAGAGUUCAGCAGUUUUCUGGCGCAGUCCAGUAGAGCUCCGAGGAGAUUGAAGCAGUGCGCGGCAGGAACAUACACCGGACUUAUUGCCUAUGCAAUUCAAGAAUCACCAGACAAGAAGCUCACGUUCAAACAGAUAAUGACGAAGCUGGAACCAUACGUGUUUGGAGAAAAAAGAAGCUUUGAGAACAACAUCAGAGUCUGUCUGUCCGCAAAAAAGUGUUUUGUGAAGGUGCCAGUCGAUCCAGAUUGUCCAAAUCCUAAAAAGAAUUUCUGGAAAGUGGACGAGAGUUGCAUUACUCCAAAAAUGUUUCAACGACAUUUCAAAUAUAUCAUGCACAUGUGUUCUGACACAGACGUUCAAGUACAACGGAUACAUAAAUGUGAAGAUAAUUCAUCUGUUCAUGAGACACUCGUGCCAGUCUGCAAGGUCACUGAAAACAAAAGCGAAGUCAAGUUUACAGGCCCGUUUUCCAUUGAAUCUUUGCUAAAGAGUGACUAUGAAGUGAAACGCAUGCGCAGCACGCAGAUGGAGGAACAUCCACACUACAGAGAAGCGCGGUGUGCAGCGACCAAGAGAAAACACCUGUAUGCCGCAGUGGAGUGUUUUUACCCCGUUUCAGCAGAAGAGAACCACUUAGUCUCGGCGAAAAGGCCUCGACUAUCUCCAGGACCUCAGUUUGGACUGACUUUCCCUCAGCAGAUCAAAUACGAUCACCGUGUUCUCUUCAGCUCUCCUUUAAUGUUUGAUAAGAGAUAUGUGAGCUGUGAGAAACACCAAAUGUAAAGAGUUGAAAUGGCACUUUUUAGAUGUUGUUCACCUUUUUUCUCUCUUUUUAUUUUUUUUAAAAUAAAAUUGUCUCCGUUGGCCUGUAUUUGAU